AUGGAGAAGUUACUUAUGAAACAGGAAGAUACAUUAGAGCAAUUAAAGAAAGCUUUUAUAAAUUAUAAAAAAACAUCCAAAGAUAGAUUGAAGGCUUCUUAUAUAGAAUCAAAAUUAGAAAACUUAAAUAGAUUGUUCGAAGCUUUCAUCAAUAUACACGGUGAUAUAGUUGGCAGUAUUAAGAGAGAGGAAAAGGCUAAAUUACCAUACUUCACCGAAGAUAUGUACACAGUAUUUGAAGAUAUUUAUACAGAAUAUAAAGCUAGAAUCAAGGAUGAUCUCCGAUUGUUUAGUGCAAAUGCCUUUUCACCACAAGCACAUGGUCCUGAAGGAUUGGUCCUAUCGAAUACAAAGGUGAAAUUACCACAGAUCCAAUUACCAAAAUUUUCUGGACUAUAUGAGGAAUGGCAAACCUUUCACGAUAUGUUUACCUCAUUAAUUCAUCAAAAUACUGCAUUGAGUCCAGUACAGAAGAUGCACUAUUUAAAGAGUAGUCUAACAGGGGAACCGGAAAUAUUACUAAGGAAUUUAACCACAACAGAUUCUAAUUAUGAAGACGCUUAUGAGCAAUUGAUUCGCCGUUAUAACAACAAACGCUAUAACUGCAACGAAAUCAUGAAACGUUUACUCUCACAAAGAAAUGCCACUGAUUCUGCAAGUUCCAUCAAGUCACUACUGGAUGUUACAUCUUCAUCGCUUAAAUCAUUGCAAAACAUGGGCAUAGAUACCACCUCAUGGGAUGUAAUCGUUAACUAUAUCGUGGUCUCAAGACUUGAUUCAGAAUCAAGAAAGUUGUGGGAAGCAAAGGUCAGUGAGUUAGACUCGGACACAUUACCGACGUGGAAUCAACUAGUAAAUUUCUUAGAGUCAAGAUUCCGGACAUUCGAAAUGAUUAGUGGCAACAACAAGUCCGUCGUAAAAUCCCCAACUAUGCACUACAACAACACCAAACCGAAAGUGUUUCAUUCCACCGCCCAAGAAGAUAAUAAACGAGCAAAUCCUACUUGUACUAUUUGCAAAGGUCAGCAUCUAUUGUAUCAAUGCAAACAAUUUGCAAAGCAGACUCCUAAAGAGAGAACCGAAAUAAUACAAUCAAGGAGACUCUGCUUCAAUUGUUUUGCACCUACACAUUCCGUUAAAGAAUGUCGAUCGUCAACUUGCUGCCGCCGCUGCGGCAGACGACACCACACACUGUUGCAUCUGGAGAGGAGCGAACUACCAAGUUUAGCAGAAGCUCAAUCUAUCAAUAAGGACAAUAUUGAAAAGGAGACACCAGUGGUAGCUCAUUUAGUUACUAAAAAAAAUCAGAAGGAGAUGUUGUUGGCUACUGCAAUAGUCAGAGCAAGUUCUGCCAAUGGGUACUCACAAGUUGUACGAGUUCUUAUUGAUCCAUGUUCAGAGGGUUCUUUUAUAAAUGAAGCAACGACACAAUCACUGGGUUUAAAGAGAACCAAUAUCAAUGGUCUAGUCUCUGGUAUAGGUGAUAAGUUAGCAAGAUCAAGAAACAUGGUGUCAUUAAGCUUAGAGUCUAUUCACAACCAAAAAUCAAAGCACACAAUAAAUGUUGAUGCUUACGUAUUGAGAAAGUUGACAUCAUUUUUACCAACAUGUCAAACAAAGAUUACCGACUGGCCAGAAAUUAAGAGCCUUAGCUUGGCUGACCCUGAGUAUGGAUCACCUGCAAAAAUCGAUAUGAUUCUAGGAGUAGAAGUAUAUGAAGACAUAAUUCUAAAAGGCCUCUUAAAACAUCCAACAGAGAAGGGCCCGAUAGCACAAGAGACACAAUUUGGUUGGGUUCUAUCAGAUCGAGUAAGAACCAAUUUAAUUUCAACAAACCCCCAAUUAGUUGGUUUUCAUAUACGAGUAAAGGAGGAUGACCUAUUAAAAAAAUUCUGGGAAAUUGAAAGAGAGCCUGAUGCAAUUUCGAAGAAGUUUACUAAAGAAGAACUCAAGUGUGAACAAUUUUUUGAAGCCACUACUACAAGAGACAACGAAGGUCGAUACGUGGUGCAAUUACCUUUCAAAGAGCAUAAGCCAAGAUGUGUUGAAGGUAAGACAAGAGAUAUAGCCUUGCGUAGAUUCUACUACUUAGAGCGAAAAUUACAAAAUAAUCCACCACUAUAUGAAGAAUAUAAACGCGUAAUUAAUGGAUACAAAGACCAAAAUCAUAUGGUACGGAUUCAGAAAAUUGAUGACAUACAUAACACAAAGGCUGUGUACUUGCCUCAUCAUCCAGUGGUCCGAGAGGAUAAAGAGACUACAAGGGUACGCAUUGUCUUCGAUGCGUCAUGCAAAGGUAUUAACAGAGUGUCCUUAAACGAUUGUUUUCUUGUUGGACCGAAGCUGCAGCAAGAUCUGCGCCACAUUUUGAUGCGAUGGAGACGUCAUCCUUUUUGCAUACUAGCAGAUUUGGUACAAAUGUACAGACAAGUUCGAGUUGACGAGAAGGACACUGACUUUCAGCGCAUUCUUUGGCGAUCGAACCCUAAUGAUCCAAUUGAACAUUAUAAACUUUUGAGACUUACUUUCGGUACAGCCUGUGCUCCUUAUUUGGCUGUUAAGGCAUUACAACAACUUGCAAAGGAUGAGGAAGCACAGUACCCGCGUGCAGCUAAAAUCGCCCUUCAGGAUUAUUACAUAGAUGACCUGCUAACAGGAUGUGAGACGGAGAUGGAAGCAGUAGAGAUAUUUGAAGAAAUGAAUAACCUGAUGAGUGCAGGCGGGUUUUGUUUACAAAAAUGGUGUAGUAACAGUGAGAGAUUAAUGAAUCAUAUUCAAGAAGAGUGUAAGAAAUUAGACCAACCCUUAAUUUUUAAAAUCAAUAAUAUGAUUAAGGUAUUGGGUAUUAGUUGGAAUAAAAACAGUGAUAGUUUCGAAUAUACACUACAAUUACCAAAUUUAUGUGAAAGUAUUACGAAGCGCAAGGUUCUAUCUGAAAUUGCUAGAUUAUAUGAUCCAAUGGGAUGGAUUUCGCCGGUAAUUAUAACAGCCAAGAUAUUCAUCCAAAAAUUAUGGAAGGCUAAGUUAGAAUGGGAUGAGAAAUUACCAGCCGAGUUGCACAAAGAAUGGUGCUCAUUUCGUCAAGAUCUGCACAACGUAAGAAAUAUAGUUAUACCAAGAUGGUUACAGUCUCAUAAAGGUGACAAAAUAGAACUACACACGUUUGCAGAUGCAUCUCAAGCAGCGUACGCUGGUGCUGUAUAUAUGAAAGUGACGGAUGGUUUUGGCAAUAUUCGUGUUAAUUUAGUGACAUCCAAAACGAAGGUAUCUCCAGUUGAGAAAGAAAUUAGCAUUCCUCGGCUAGAAUUAUGCGCCGCCUUACUUGCGACUAAAUUGAUACACGAAGUUUCGCAAAUUAUGCAAAUACCUAAAGAAGAUUUAUACGCAUGGUCAGAUUCCACAGUUGUAUUAGCUUGGGUCCGUGGAGAACCGACGCGAUGGAAUACAUUUGUUAGUAACAGAGUUUCUGAAAUUCAUACCAUGCUAGAUUCCAGUCAGUUCCGUCACAUCGAAACAAUUAAUAAUCCUGCAGAUUGUGCUUCGAGAGGUAUAAAGGGUGCUGAUUUAGCUGGUCUCAUGCUGUGGUGGCACGGUCCAAACUGCCUUCACCACAAUAGUACAUAUGUUUUACGCGAUGAUUUCUCCACCACUAUUGAGGAGCGACCCAUAAAGACUUUAACAGCCAUCAUUCAAUCAGAAGAGGAAUUGGUCUGGACGAGAUUUUCAAACUUAACAAGAAUGGUCAGGAUUUUAGCUUAUUGUAAGAGAUACAUAGACAUAUUAAAGUUAUCUAAGAAAAAUAGAGUAAUACUAUCAAAAGAACGAAGGAUCAAGGAGUUUGAAAUGAUUACUGUGAAAGAAAUGGAGGAAGUUCUUAGAACAAUUAUAAGAAACACCCAAAAUAUUUAUUAUGCGGAAGAAAUACAACAGAUAAGGUCUCAUGGAGAAGUUAAAAGAAAAAGUUCACUACACACUCUCUACCCUAUGUUAGACAAAAAUAAAGUCUUAAGAGUAGGUGGUCGUAUUAAGGAGUCAGAAGCAAGAUUUGAUGUGAAGCAUCCAGUUAUUUUACCGAGUAAUAGCCAUCUUACUUCAUUAUUAAUAACUGAUGCUCAUUAUAAAACGAUGCAUGGUGGGCCGCAAAUCAUGCUAAAUUAUCUACGUUCCAAGUAUUGGAUAGUACGGGCUAGAGAAAGAGUCAAAAAAUGUUAUCGAGAAUGUGUUAAAUGUUUACGAUUUUCCCAACAAAAUAACAAUCAGCUUAUGGGUCAGCUUCCAAAAUGUAGGCUGAAACCUUCAAGACCCUUUAAAUCUUCUGGUGUUGACUUCACUGGGUUUAUAAAUAUUAGGUUCUCACCUGGAAGAGGAUCAAAAUCAUAUAAGGGGUACAUAUGCCUCUUCAUAUGUAUGUCCACCAAGGCGAUACAUCUAGAGGCAGUAUCGGACUUGUCAUCAAAGGGCUUCAUUUCUGCAUUUCGUCGAUUUGUAUCCCGAAGAGGACAAUGCGUCGAUUUAUAUAGUGACAAUGGAACUAAUUUUAUAGGAGCGGAAAGAGAGUUAAGAGACAUGUUCCUCAAUGCACAAUCAAAGCUCCCUAUAGAAAUCGCUCAGGUACUCGCAAACGACGGAACCUCGUGGCAUUUUAUCCCACCAAACGCACCCAACUUUGGUGGUCUAUGGGAAGCAGGCAUAAAAUCAGCCAAAACACAUCUUAAACGCGUAAUUGGAGAUUCUACUUUAACUUUCGAGGAACUCUCGACUAUUUUGACCCAGAUUGAAGCCUGCCUUAAUUCAAGGCCCAUGUCAUACUUGAGUGAAGAUCCCGGAGAUCCACAGCCAUUAACUCCCGGUCAUUUUUUAAUCGGUGAGCAAAUGGUUGCGAUUCCUGAUGAGGCUUCGACUGACGUACAUGUAACUGGCUUGCAGAGAUGGAAGAUGACACAAAAGAUGAUAAAUGAUUUUUGGAAAAAAUGGUCAGAAGAAUAG